AGGGAUGCCCGGACAGAAGGUACGCCCACUUCCCAGGCUGGGGUCAGCGGCCAGCAGUCCGCGUGCCCUGGCUCGUGGAUGUGGACGUGGAUGUGUGUGUUUGGCGGGGACUGGAGGAGAAGGAGGUUGCUUUAGCCUCAGGGUCUGCGAGGACGCCCGGGAGGGAGCUGGAUGCGAAUUUGCCGGCUGCGAGCAGCAGGCGGCAGCCUUGGCCUUGCCUUGAGCAGGCCGGCGGAGCCGGGUGAUGUCAGUAGUGGCUGGGCUGGCAGCAGUCUGUACUUCCUGUAUAAAGGAAGGCUCGUCUGCAAACACUACUAGCCAGUCCCAGCUUCUUUUGACCGAGCAGCCGCCGCCACCAAAGGAGCAGCAGCAGCAGCAGCAGCAGCAUUAGUAGCUGCAGCAGGAUUGUCAAAUUCGGAAGCCAGCUUUGCCCCCCUCCUCUCUGGCUAAUCCCUUCCGCUUCCCCGGAUCCCGGCUUGACAUCUCCCGACCCAGGAGCUGCAUGAGUGUGCGUGCAAAACAGCGGAAGAAUGGCAGUCCUCAAACUCACCGACCAGCCCCCACUGGUCCAAGCAAUUUUCAGUGGUGAUCCAGAAGAGAUACGAAUGUUGAUUUACAAAACAGAAGAUGUGAAUGCUCUGGAUUCUGAGAAGCGGACUCCGCUUCAUGUUGCAGCUUUUCUGGGAGAUGCAGAGAUCAUUGAACUCCUAAUUCUUUCAGGGGCUCGUGUGAAUGCCAAGGAUAACAUGUGGCUGACCCCACUCCACCGCGCUGUUGCCUCCCGAAGUGAAGAAGCUGUGCAAGUAUUGAUUAAGCACUCAGCCGAUGUCAAUGCCCGGGACAAGAACUGGCAGACUCCUCUCCAUGUGGCUGCUGCAAAUAAGGCUGUUAAGUGUGCAGAAGUCAUCAUCCCACUGCUAAGCAGUGUCAACGUCUCUGACAGAGGAGGGAGGACAGCCUUACACCAUGCAGCUCUGAAUGGCCAUGUGGAGAUGGUCAAUUUGCUCUUGGCUAAAGGAGCAAACAUCAAUGCAUUUGACAAGAAGGACAGGCGAGCUCUUCACUGGGCAGCGUAUAUGGGCCACCUGGAAGUGGUGGCACUGCUUAUUAACCAUGGUGCGGAAGUCACAUGCAAAGACAAGAAAGGUUACACCCCACUGCAUGCUGCAGCCUCCAAUGGACAAGUAAAUGUGGUUAAACACCUCCUCAAUCUAGGGGUGGAGAUUGAUGAAAUCAAUGUCUAUGGAAACACAGCACUUCAUAUCGCCUGUUAUAAUGGGCAAGACGCUGUAGUCAAUGAGCUGAUUGAUUAUGGUGCCAAUGUGAACCAGCCCAAUACCAAUGGAUUCACCCCUCUGCACUUUGCUGCUGCUUCUACUCAUGGUGCUCUCUGUCUUGAACUGUUAGUGAACAAUGGGGCAGAUGUAAAUGUCCAGAGUAAGGAUGGAAAGAGUCCACUGCACAUGACAGCUGUCCAUGGAAGGUUCACACGAUCACAAACCCUCAUUCAGAAUGGAGGUGAAAUUGAUUGUGUGGAUAAGGAUGGCAACACCCCUCUCCAUGUGGCUGCAAGAUAUGGUCAUGAGCUUUUGAUUAACACUUUAAUAACCAGCGGAGCUGACACAGCCAAAUGCGGUAUCCACAGCAUGUUCCCCUUACAUUUAGCAGCACUGAAUGCUCACUCUGACUGCUGCAGGAAGUUGUUAUCUUCAGGACAAAAGUAUAGCAUAGUGUCCUUGUUUAGUAAUGAGCACGUGCUGUCUGCAGGCUUUGAAAUAGACACACCAGAUAAAUUUGGAAGAACCUGCCUUCAUGCUGCUGCCGCAGGAGGUAAUGUGGAAUGUAUAAAACUCUUGCAGAGCAGUGGAGCAGACUUCAGUAAGAAGGAUAAAUGUGGAAGGACGCCUUUGCACUAUGCAGCUGCGAAUUGUCAUUUCCACUGUAUUGAGACAUUAGUGAACACCGGGGCCAACAUUAACGAGACAGAUGACUGGGGACGAACGCCUUUACACUAUGCUGCAGCUUCAGACAUGGAUAGAAAAAAGAACAUUUUGGGGAACACCCAUGAAAACGCGGAAGAACUUGAAAGAGCCAGUGAGCUAAAGGAAAAGGAAGCUGCUUCAUGUCUGGAAUUUCUACUUCAAAAUGAUGCAAACCCAUCAAUUCGGGACAAAGAAGGUUACAACACUGUACAUUAUGCUGCAGCCUAUGGCCACCGACAAUGUCUGGAAUUGCUUUUGGAAAGAACCAACAACAGUUUUGAGGAAUCAGACUCCAGUGCCACGAAGAGCCCACUGCACUUAGCUGCCUACAAUGGCCAUCAUCAAGCCUUGGAAGUACUUCUGCAAUCCCUUGUAGACCUGGAUAUCAGGGAUGAAAAAGGCCGAACAGCUCUGGACCUAGCUGCCUUUAAAGGACAUGCAGAAUGUGUGGAAGCACUUAUCAAUCAAGGAGCGUCCAUCUUUGUGAAAGACAACGUGACCAAAAGAACUCCACUUCAUGCCUCUGUCAUUAAUGGUCACACACUGUGUUUACGGCUGUUAUUAGAAAUUGCAGACAACCCAGAAAUCGUUGAUGUGACAGAUGCCAAAGGACAAACCCCACUGAUGCUGGCUGUUGCCUAUGGACAUAUUGAUGCUGUUUCUUUGUUACUUGAAAAAGAAGCAAAUGUAGAUGCUGUUGACCUCAUGGGAUGCACAGCUUUACACAGAGGGAUCAUGACUGGGCAUGAGGAAUGUGUCCAAAUGCUAUUGGAACAGGAAGUCUCCAUUCUGUGUAGAGAUUUCCGAGGAAGGACCCCCCUGCAUUUUGCAGCAGCUCGUGGUCAUGCCACAUGGCUGAGCGAGUUACUUCAGAUGGCACUUUCAGAGGAAGAUUGCUGUUUCAAAGAUAACCAAGGUUAUACUCCAUUGCACUGGGCUUGUUACAAUGGUAAUGAAAACUGUAUAGAGGUACUUUUGGAACAAAAAUGUUUUCGCAAAUUUAAUGGUAAUCCCUUCACUCCAUUGCACUGUGCUGUAAUUAACGACCACGAAAAUUGUGCAUCACUGCUUAUUGGGGCCAUAGAUCCCAGCAUUGUCCAUUGUAGAGAUGACAAAGGACGAACCCCACUUCAUGCUGCAGCUUUUGCGGAUCAUGUGGAAUGCUUACAGCUUCUUUUAAGCCACAAUGCCCAAGUGAAUGCUGCAGAUAAUUCAGGGAAAACACCACUCAUGAUGGCAGCUGAGAAUGGGCAGGCAGGUGCUUAUCUUUUGGUGAACAGUGCCAAGGCUGAUCUGACUGUAAAGGAUAAGGAUUUGAACACACCCUUACAUUUGGCUUGUAGUAAAGGUCAUGAAAAAUGUGCCUUGUUAAUACUUGACAAGAUACAAGAACAGAGCCUUAUUAAUGCAACAAAUAAUACAUUGCAGACACCUCUCCAUAUUGCUGCACGAAAUGGCUUGAAGAUGGUGGUUGAAGUGCUAGCCAAGGGAGCAUGUGUCCUUGCUGUAGAUGAAAAUGGUCAUACCCCAGCCCUGGUGAGCUCUAACAAGGAUGUGGCUGACUUGGCACUCAUUUUGGCUACCAUGAUGCCUUUUUCUCCUUCCAGUACAAUGACGGCUUUCAACUUCGUUUGUUUUAAAAAAGACCAUUUGAGCAGGACACAGAUCUGCGAUGGCACCAAUCUGAGUGGCACCAUUAGCUCUUGCACUCACAAUAUAGGAUCAGAGGACUGGUACAAUGAAAAUGAUUCUGAUUCGGAAACAUUUUGACUCUGGACUUCAGACGCUUCCACCUUAAUUAUUUACAUCUAGGUGGAGAAGGCGGGGCAGGAAGAAUUUUUAUUCCCCCAAACCAUGUUGUGUCAGAGUGUCAUUAUGGACCCCAAGCUUUGAGAAAUAGGAGAGAAGGGUUUAGCAAAGUGUGCAAUGAGCCUAUCAGAGAGGACUUGGAGUUUUUGAUGGAAAGCAUUCUCACAAAAUGUGCCCUGACUUUGAUUUGCAUCAUGUAUCUUUUUAUUUAAAGUCAUACCGUGAAAGUCUACCCUCUCAAAUUAAGUAGGGAAUUUUCUUAAAAAGGAUUUUAUUAUUUCUUUCUUUUGAAAUAACGCAACAAGUAAGGGGCUAUGUUAUCAAGGAUUUUUUUAUUAUGUCCUUGCUGUACAAUUAAUUCUCAGAAGCUUAUCCAUGUGGCUUUCUUAUAUCAUGGGGGAGGUUUUGUCCUCAAACUUUCUCCCUCACUCUGAUGUUUACUUCCUUAUUAUAAGCAAAGGUAAAGUUCACGUUCAGAGAUAUUGCCUGGAUUAUUGUUGCUAGGAGAAUUUAACCAUUCAAUGUAUUCCCUCUGCCUCUCUAUCUUUAUUGGUCUGUCUCCAUCUAUCUUCGUUUUUCCUUUCUCUCUCUGUCCUUCCAAUAUAUACGUACAUACAUACAAACACGCAUUAAGCACACUGUCAGGAGGCAUGUGUCAAGAAUCUUUGCCUAAUAGAUGAACAUUGAUCUAAAAUUUGAUCAAAUUUUAAAAGUAUAAUACAAAUAUGACAUACACUAGAUUAUAUGGUGAUCAUUAAUAAUUUUCACAAGAUCCAUUCAACUCUGAUCCACCAUAAAGUUUUAGCUGAGAAUUACAAGGUCUGGUAAACUUUGUAGCAUUCCCCAAUUUCAAUACAGUAGAGUGUUUUUUCAUUGAUUCUUCCUCAAUUAAAUCAGAAUACAUACUUUUUAAAAAUAAAUUGACCACUAGGUUGUA